AUGUUUGGAAUGUUUACGCUAUUACUAUUUCCUUUCAAAAAUGCAUUUAUCGCACUAUUUGUUACAGUCGUACUGGAACCGAAACUGUGGCAAACAUUACAAAGCCGUCCUGGAUAUUCGUUCAUCAUUGACUCUGAGAAUAAUACUUUGGUGGAUAUCAAAACAUCAACCUAUGUUCUCCGUCACAUUCUGUCAUCACCAACAUUGCGUCAACAAUACCAAAAUCUUGAUAGCAGAACAAUUAACGUAACUUUAUAUUCCAAAUGGCUUCGGGAUGUUGGCAAGUUCGUUGAAUUCCUUGCCGUGAUGUGCGAUGUGACCAGUGGACAACCAACAAGAGAACACUCUUUUGUAUUGCGACCAGUAUAUAGCCAGAUUUCUGCACAAGCUGAUCGGUCGCCUCUUGGUUUUAUAUUUGGCGUUAAUUCGCUCCAUGGAAAGAAAAAUGGCUGUCUAUCUUUUAUGAUUACAGCAGGUAUAUUUGGAUUUGAAGAUACUCUGUGA